AUGGGGAUUGAUUGGGACAAAGUCCUCAUUGGAGAUGGGAGACACGAUGUUGUUGGUGGUUGUGAGGUCGGUGGUGAUGGUCAUCUCCGUCGACGUCGUGGAGUUUGUGAUGGUGGUGUCGGUCAAGACAUUUUUGGAAGCGGUAGCUGGGGCUGCCGCGUCGGCAAAGCAUUGAGUUCAAAGAUAUCUGACAACGCCAAUCCUUGCGCGAAGUGUUCCCCAUCAGUGCGAGCAGGGCGGAAAUGAUUAAAUGUUGAAUUUUUUAGUCUGCGACAUAUGAGACUUAUCAGCCAUCCUUUUAGCCCUGGCAGCGGUAGGGCGGUCAGUUUCGUAGAUUGCUGCUCCAGUAUUAACUGCUCUUUUUCAGACCAGCUGAUCCAGGACAGGGUCCUCCCGAGUCUUUGGAUUCGUAUUUAGAUCUUUGAUGAAUUUUUACUGGGCUUCCUUUAGCGUAACCGUUGCCCUUAUUCGCGGUCAACACUCGUAGCGACGUCGCCGUAGAAUAGCCGCUUGGGUGUGUGCUCGUCUUUGGUCUUCGCAAUCCAGCCACUCCAACGCAGUUAAAGUUUCUUUAGAAUAGCGUGGAUGCUGAGAAUUCCCGCCUGUUCCCGCCCUGCCACCUCAGCCUUAGUUGUCUUCGAAAACAGCUGAGGCGGAAGGGAUUCAGUUUUCCGGCUUGACUGGCGCAGACAGUCCAUGUCAUCACCCCCUAUGAGUGCGUUGUCAGGAGGACGGCUUUCUGCAUCCACAGGAGGUCGGCCGUAAAAGCUUUAAGUAAAAAACUUGUUUAGUCACAUUUCUGGCACCGUACGCCUGCAUAGAGCACAGGAAAAAACGUAACAAUAAGUUCUUUUGUUUCUGUUACGACGAAAGGUUUGCUGACUGUUCGAACAGUCAAUGACACACUAAGUGAGAGCUCACUCUAAUCAUGAAAUGCUGAAAAUUCAACAGCAAGUUAGGAAGUGACUUAUUGAUAAACUUAUCCAUAUUAGAAUGAAGUAUGAUAAUAAUUUUGGAAAAGAGCAGUUCUUAACAUGUGAGGCUGCAGAACCAAACAGCCUCAGAUUAAGCCGAUCUCAUUUCAGGCCAAGGCCUGGGGCUGCUAAGAAGAUCUUCUUAGUCAUACUGUUGUUUUUGAUAGUACUAAGUGCUGAGGUGAAUGACCUGAAAUACAGAAUUAAAAAAGUGGCCGACUGAAAACGAGAAGCAUGUUAACGGCAGGAUUCAGGAAUAUCAUUAGGUUCUUUUCCACAGUUAGUUGCCUCUGGAACUUGCUUCAUUUGGCGGAUCCGUUUAUCUGUCUACCGGUUUUACAAUGCACAUUUAUAAGGAGUGUGGUAGCAUUUGAUUUAUCGGACGUGUAUUUACCCGAGCAACGAGCUCCAGUAAUGAACUUCAGUCCGAAGCCUUCUGGACUGCACCCAGAGCAUCCAUGCUACGACAGCUGAUCCUGGAGAGGGUUUCGUUUGUCGUUAGUCUGUAAAAUUGUUUUUGCCCGUUUUCCCAUACUUUUUUGCUGUCGCCAAUUUUCUUGUCAGAAACGCAGCGUCAUCCACUUAGAGUUAAAUUUCUCCUGUAUCUAUUUUUUUGUAGUUUAAUUGUCGUUUACGCUACAGAUUUACGUAGUUCGUCCAAAAAGUUAUAAAGGGGGGAUGCAAUUUCGAGUCAUUUCGGAAAGUGAAGUACGAUAGUUGACUACUGUAUCGUAAACUGAUGCCUGCGAUGAUGGCCGACGUUCUAGCUCAGAAUCACUUGCGACAGUUUGACCGUCGUUGUCGAUGAUGUCCACAACGACAAAAGGGUGAUUUAAGUCACAAAUGAGCGGGAGUGGCAUAAAGAUCUCAUUCUAAAUAAAUGAAUGAAUAUACAGUAUUUUCUUUAGCUUUCAGGCGAAGGUAUCGGUGGAACUGCGCUCGCCACAGGCACGGGAAAAGUUUGGCUGAGGCCAGAUGAAGGACCUGUUUCAGAAGUAAAUUGCAGACGAGGCUUUACGCUUGAUAAUGGAGGGAAUACUCUGUGUUCCAUUUGAGUUUUAUUGCGGCUAAUAAAAAGUUUACUGCCCCUAAGAUACUGAACUGGGCGCUCCAUAUGGGAGAAAAUAAACUCUACUUCUAUUGACGAGAAUAAUUUGACAAGAAUGGGGGAAUUUUUGUUCAUACAUGAAUGUAUUUUAACUCCGACGACAUUAAAGUUGAAGCAAUAAUAGUAAAAGAAAUGGAAGGCGACAUCGAAGCGCUGUCUACUUUUAGGAACAUUUUCCACAACAAAGAUAAAUUUCCUCUUGUGCCUGUCUUCGGUCUCACUAGCAACAAGGUCGAUAAGAGGCACAAGCUUCUCACAUUGCCGAGAAGUAAGUAUUGACUAUUUUCCUUCAAGACGGACACCAAGCACAGGAGAAAUUGAUUCCUAAUAAGACAUAAAAUUGUUAAAGUUUUCGAGUGCUCUAAGGUCUAUUUUUUCAUACUGACGAUAGGCUUUAAAUAAGAAGCUUGAGAUUAGCUCCCGUCAAACUUCGAUGAAGGGUUGCCUGAGGUUUAGUGUUGAAAGAAGCAAAACGAGUUUAAUACCGAUUCAUAGGGACUAUAGCCGCCGAAAAUUUGAGGAUUUAAGGAUGAGGCUACGUAGGAUAAAUAAUUUCGAAUAACUAUCAAUAUUCAUAGACCGAACAACAGCAUUGCAAUUGCUUAAUAACAAAAUGUUCCGAUAAAAAAGACACACAAAUAGCAAUCUUAUGGGUGACAAAAUAAAACUGUGAAUAAAAUUCGAGUUUGACCCGUAUGCUUUGUGCAUUAAAGAAUCUCGGGCUCAUUCUAUGAUUUCUGACUCGUUGCUCGCUGUGGAUACUUUCAGCUUAUAUCGACAACGCCGCAUUAGAGGGCAUGGAGAUGGCUGUCUUAUUUAUAUCAGAGUUGCUGUUGAACACUUGCUCUAUGACAUGAACAUUUCUUAUUUUCUGGAAACUUCUGUUUAGCUUCGGCGAUUCUUCUGUAAAAUAUGAAGGCUCUAAUUGGAUAUUUAUAUAAUCCUCCUAGUUUAUCCUACGGUGAAAUUUAACUCCUUGAGCUAUUUGAAAAAAUCAAAUAGAGUCUAUUUGACUUCAAGAUAAUCGUAGACGAUUUUAAUCUACCAGAAACCGAUUGGCAUACAUUUACUUCCUCUCCUGAGUUCCAGAAGCUUCUAAAUACCAUUCACUUUUCAAACUGGUCUCAACUCGUCCACUCUUCGGCCAGAAACGACAAUACAUUAGAUCAAAUUUUUACUAAUGCCAUCCUCGCUCUAUCUAUAGAUUUCCGUCGUGACCUUUUUUACAAGUGAUCAUGCAUAAACUCAAUGUUGUCUUCCAAAUUCCACUUGUGCAAAGUCAGCAGGUAAAUAUAGCUUUUGGGCUAUGAUAAUGUUAAUAAAGAAUUAGUAAGUUACAUUACAAGUGCUCUCGAUUGACGCAGAAUUUUUUCAAAUAAUCAUCCAGAUUUUUGAUACGAUUUAUUGCAGUGCAUAACAGAAGGUCUUCUCCAUCUUAUUCCACUGAAGACGUUCAAAUAGAGGGCCGAGGCCCAACAGGCGGCCACAGUGAGAAAACUUCUCUAGGUGGGUCGGGUACAACGGGAUGACGGUUUUGAGGGGAAGAACGGGCGGGGUAAACGGCAGAGGGCACUGGAUUGACAGCUGGAUGCCGAAAAAUGUUGGAAAUCGCAGAAAAAUAAUUAUUUGUUUUAAUGAAGUCAAAAAUACCGCAGGAUGGCGCGCAAAUAGGGAAAACCGUAGGCAAUGCCCAAUCGAAGGUGGGCUGGCCUGGGACGUGAUGUGAUUGGCGGCCGGGGCGAGUAAACCUGAACCGCCAAGCGGCUAACCAGUGGGAUCGUUGGCGCCACACUUGAAAGUGGUGUGCAUCAGAUGGACGGGCAUCAGACGAUGCCCAAGGGGGACGCGAGGGGACAGCGAUGUACUUCGGUUGGGUAAGUGUAUUUGAAUAAAGUGCUUAUGACAAUUGCGUCACUUCCCAGCCCCUUACUGACCCCCUCCUCACCCCCUCCCUAUUUGUUAUAUCGGUGAUCUCCACCGCAUGCACCGUUUAAUACGCAUAACGCGAAAAAUGUUUAGGAUUCCUGGACGUACUCCAACGCCACCGCACCAACCUACAGCAAGUCGGCAAACGCCCGAACUUGGCGGCCGCUGUGUGUUAGGUCACUGUUUUACGGGAUUUGUAAGUAUCCAUGGUGGGAGCAGUUUGCAGGCCUACGUAACCCGAAUGCAGGCGGACGUAGGCGCGGUCCUCAGCGGAUUAUACCGACGGCUGAGGAUGAAAUACAAGCCGUCCUUCAGUCAGCUGGUGUCGUUCAGUACCUGCAGCGGUGGAGGUUGCUGGCCACCACCUUAGCAUGCCGAUGUCGGCGUACUGUGCAGAUGCAAGUGUUGCGGCAGCAUACGGACGGUUAUGCAUUCCGUUGUGGACACUGCAGACGGAAGCUGUGCCUGCGGACGGGGUCAAUGUUCGUUGGUAGUAAGCUCAGUCUGCAGACACUGAUGCGUGUAUGCUACAAGUUUGUCGAAAGUGUGCGGCAAGUGUAGGUGUCAGUAGAAAUACUGCCAUGAAAUGGUACGGCAUUUGCCGCGGGGCCUGCUCACACGCACUUCUAUCCGCCGUAACCCAAAUUGGGGGACCAAGCGUGGAAGUACAGAUAGACGAGACGCUCAUAAGUCGCCGCAAGUAUAACAGGGGAAGACUGCGGCGGCAGUUGUGCGUCGUCGGUAUGUACGAUACACGCAGGCGGAAAGCCCUAUUUGAGCAGAUUAACAACCGCGCUGGGAGGCCCUAAGGCCCUUCAUAAGGAAGUGGGUGGCUGCUGGCAGUGUUAUCGUAACCGAUGAGUGGAAGGGUUGCACCCGCCUACCGUCGGAAGGUUAUACGCACUUCACUCUCAACCGCCGUAGGGGUUCGUGAAUGCCACAAGAGGACGGCAUACGAACGCCAUAGAGGCCUACUGGAGCAGCCUAAAGAGGAAGCUGCAGGAGUCUGGACCUGUCUGUAACAGGGCAGUGUGAGCCCACCUAGAUGAGGUUCAGUACCGCCUCUGGUUCGACCUAAGGGCCGACAAAAUGGCAGCCUGCUGGGAAACUUUCCUACGACAUUGGGCAGAAGCGUAUCCAAUUGAAGAGGGCCAACCAACGGUGACUGGAUAAGCUAACCAACGGAGGCACAAACAGAAGACGUGUAGGUAAGCAUCGUUACUUCCACCAUUUGAUCUCCAUGCCUACCGACAGUGAAUGUGGCCGUUACCGGCCGGUCAAAGAGGGAGCUGUCGAUUGAGGAGAGCCAACCAAGGACGUUUGUAGAAGUUAACCAACGAAGGCGCAGACGGAAGACUAGAAGGUAUGACUCUGUACUUUGUCUACUUACUCUCCAUGCCUACCUACAGUGCUUGUGGCCGUUACUAGCCGGUCAAAGAGGCAGCUGUCGAUAGAGGAGAGCCAACCAUCGACGAUUGGAGAAGCUAACCAACGAAGGCGCAGACGGAAGACUGGAAGGUAUGACUCUGUACUUCGUCCACUUACUCUCCAUGCCUACCUACAGUGCUUGUGGCCGUUACUGGCCGGUCAAAGAGGCAGCUGUCGAUAGAGGAGAGCCAACCAUCGACGAUUGGAGAAGCUAACCAACGAAGGCGCAGACGGAAGACUGGAAGGUAUGACUCUGUACUUCGUCCACUUACUCUCCAUGCCUACCUACAGCGCCUGUGGCCGUUACCUGCUGGCGAUGGGAGAACUGGAGAUUGAGGAGAGCCAACCAAGGACGUUUGUAGAAGCUAACCAACGAAGGCGCAGAUGGAAGACGUAA